CCUGGAAACUGUACACAGCAAGGGUGGGUGGAGACCAGGAAUGAUGAAGUAACCGGGGGAAGACCCGGCUGCCAUCACAAGUGCUCCACCUUUCUCUUUGCCGUUCUUGCCAGGACUCAAACUCCAGCACUCACCGCUUUUCUUCCCGAACAUCCUGAGUCUGAAUUCCAGUUCUAGAUCGUUCUGAGGGAACUGCCCUUGCUGCAGUGCACAGACCUCUCCUAAGAGGAGAGCUUUCCCAGAGGCACCACUGCCCCCAGAUCAAGGUCACCACUGCUGAGAUUUUUCAAUUUUUGUGGUCUUCCCUGACCAAAUCCUCCAAUUUCUCUACAUUGUCCUCAGCUCCUGACAUUCUCCCCUCCAUAUGAUCCACUCUGAUGGUGAGUCUUUGCUCUGAGCAUUUGGUUUAAUGUAUUUUUCAUCUCUAGCUUCAUUUAAAUCAAGGUUUUGCUCAGUAUUUCUCAUUAUUGAAUUCCAUUUGUAUGCUCUGUGUUGACCUGUUUUUCAUUCAGCUAAUUGUUUGAGUCCCCAUUCUUUUGGUCACAUUUACAUCAUCCUUUUGGAUUCUUCAUUUGGAACUUUAUCUAAGUCAUUCUCAUGAAAGCUGUAGUUCUGGGGUUUGUAUUUUUUUAGAGCAGACAAACUGUCUUGGUUUUUCAUAUGACCAAGCUUUCUGUUUGAAUUUGAUUACAUCAGUGGUUGGAUAUUUUUUUUAUAUAUUUACCUCCUUACUUAUUUUAUAAUAAGAAGCAGUUGGUAGACUUUGAAGAUUCUGAUACAUGGGGUGGUCAACAGGGGUCAGGUGAACUUGGAUGUCUAAGGCCCAAAGGGGGGAAUUCUGACCUCCCUGGGUGAGUAGGUGGGUAGACAGCUGGUAACUCUGACAGGCCAGGCAGUGGGUGGGCAAGAGGCCUGGCAGACAGUGAAGCUGGGAGACCUGAAGUCUCUGAGGCACAGGAAAUCACCUCAUGGGUGGGUAGUGGGUACACAGGGAGGUUGGUAGCUACCAGCACUCAUGAAGUAGGGAGUUGGUCAGGCGAGCUUUGAUCAGUGAUUUGGAGACAAUGUCCUACAGUGUAACCUGGAUGGCUUAGUACAUCACUGUAAUGUACUUAGAUGCUGUGUUCUUUAGAGUCUGUUCUCCUCAUCGCUGCCCUUGCCUCUAACAGUACUCUUUCUUUUUUUUUUAAAUUUUGAACUUUAUUUAAUUUAAAUGCUUGCCAUGAAGAAAGGUAACAUUUCUGUAUUGAAAUAAAAGUGCAUCAUUCAUCCCUGCCUUCUCCUCCCUGAAGUCCUUCCCAUACCUCCUAUUCCAUUUCAAAUGUAUGACUGAUGAAUCUAUAUUACUGUGACAUGUCUAUAACAAAAUAAAUGUGUAGGCUCAACCUGCUGCAUUUAGUACAGUUUGUAUAAAUAGAUGUACAGAUAUUCAGAUAGAUAUAUAUAUGUAGGUAGAUAGAUAGAUAGAUAGAUAGAUAGAUAGAUAGAUAGAUAGAUAGAUCGUAGAUAUAUAAAGACAAACAUAUGUAUUAGGGCUUAACAUUAGGGAUUGAAUGAUCAACCAGGGAGCUCCUCUCUUUGGGAGACUACUUCUGUCUCUCUGCAGCUCUUUACCAUUUGACUCUUCAUCAAAGUGUCACACCCACGCAAUUUCCCACACCCACUGUGGCACGUCAACUGUUGGUGCCAGUGUUCAGGUCUGUGUAAAAGGCCACAGUGUUGAGGUUUCAUGGGUAUCUUGGUCAUAUCCAGAAGACUCAGCCUUGCAGCAGACUGUGUGGUCUUCUGACUCUUGUGUCUUCUGCACCCUCCUCCUCAGUGUUCUCUCUCUCUUAGGUUAAGGCUUGUGCCAUCAACCGAGGCUGGGCACCGCAAAGGCAGCUGUUCUCUGCUUUGUGACCAGCUGUGGCUUUCUGAAGUGAUCUCUCACUGCUGUGAGAAGAAGCAUCUUUGGUGGCAAGAGAGAGAACUCCAUGUACCUGUGGGUAUAAAGAAAAGGGUUUGGAAAGCAGUUAGGAAUAUUCUGGGAUAGGAAAAAUGGCCACAGUGAAUUCUCCUCUGAGAUCUGUGACCUCACUAGCAGCACACGGUGGUUGGUUAGGUUUUCAGUUUCCAGGCAUGAUUUUCCUCUUGUUCAGCCAGCCUGAUGCACAAUUAGACAGUUGUGGGUCACCACCAACACAUAAAUGCCACCCCUGCACCUCAGUGUGAUGAUCAUCACUGUGGCUCACAGGAGUCACAGCUGGGCAGGAUUCCAGAAUGUCCUCCUCCCUUGGAAACUCUCACAGCUCCUUUUGAUGUUAGGGAAGCUGGGCCUUGGGGAGGAGACUUUGGCUCAGAUGCAGCUUGAUUUCUAUGUGUCCUUUAUCUGAAGUGUGGUGUCUUCAGCACAGCGCCCUUCAACUUCUGGGACUCAAGCAAGGACAACAGCAGGAGUACUGUUUGAGGAGUAUCGUGAACUCCCCUGACCCACAACUCAAGAGAAGUUUCUCAUGUCUAACAAUAAAGCUUCUAUGGAUUCUACUCUAUGGAUUAUAGGGGAGGUAUUACUAGUCAAUAACUCACCCCAGAGAACACAGCACAGUGAUGUGCACAGCUGAGCAUCUGAACUCAGGAAGCAGAGUACCUCACUUAGGAGUGUCCCAACUAUGGACGUCAUGUCCCGCCUCUGCUGAGAGAAGAAAGGGAAAUUGCAGCUUCUAUCAUAAGGAGCCAUGGCUUGGGCCUCCAGCUUUGAUGCAUUCUUUAAGAAUUUUAAGAGGGAAAGCCAAAUCCUCUCUGAGGACAACAUCAUCUUGAUUAAAUCCUACACUGAGACAAAUAGGCUCCAGAAAGCACUUUCUGUAAUCCACAAUGCACUGAGAGACAUCGAGAAUGCACCCCUGAACAUUGCUGUGACAGGGGAGACAGGGACGGGGAAGUCCUCGUUCAUCAAUGCCCUGAGAGGGGUGGGGCAGGAAGAUGUAGGUGCAGCCCCCACUGGGGUGACAGAGACAACCCAGGAAAGAAUUCCGUACCUGCACCCAAAGCUUCCCCAGGUAACACUAUGGGACCUGCCUGGUAUUGGAUCCACUUCCUUCCCACCAGAGAACUACCUAACAGAAAUGAAGUUUGGUGAGUAUGACUUCUUCAUUAUCAUCUCGGCUACACGCUUCAAAGAAAAUGAUGCCCAGAUAGCCAAAGCCAUCACCAAGAUGAAGAUGAAUUUCUACUUUGUCCGAACAAAGGUAGAUAUUGACAUAGAUAAUGAACAGAAGAGUAAACCUAAGACUUUCGAUAAGAAGAAUGUCCUGAUGAAAAUCCGAGGUGACUGUUCAAAGCAUCUCCAGAAGGCUCUCUCCAGUGAGCCUCGAACCUUUUUAGUCUCUAACUUUGAUGUGUCCGACUUUGACUUCCCAGAGCUGCAGACCACCCUACUGAGCGAGCUUCCAGCCCACAAGCGCCAUGUCUUCAUGCUGUCCUUGAACAGUGUUACUGAGGAAAUCAUUAACCUCAAGAGAGAUUCCCUGAAGCAGAAAGUCUUCCUAGAGGCCCUGAAAGCUGGAGUACUUGCCACCAUUCCACUUGGUGGCAUGAUCAUGGAUGACAUAGAGAACCUGGAUGAAACGUUCGAUCUCUACAAGUCCUACUUUGGCCUGGAUGAUGCCUCACUGAAAAUCAUUGCCAUGCAAUUUAACACACCUGUCAACACACUCAAGGCACGCCUUCGGUUUCCCCAUUUGUUUACACAGAACAAUGAGUCCUUAGAGGAUAAACUGUGGAAAUAUAUCCAUCACAUUUCCUCAGUUACUGGUGGUCCAGUUGCUAGUGGCAUUUAUUUCAAAAAGUCUUACUAUUUGCAGAAUCUCUUUAUUGAUGCUGCAGCAAAUGAUGCCAUAGCUCUUCUCAAUAAGGAAGAUCUUUUAGAAAACAAGGUGGAACCAUAUAUAUCUAAGCCCCUCGAUUACUGGGAAUGAUGGGAAAAUGAGGCACAAGUUCCAAUCAGUGUUUACUUUUGGCCUUGCUUUGGACACUGAAACAUAAUCUACACCCGAGAAACAAACCUUGUCUGAGGGGUGCCAAAGGGCUCCUCCUUUUCCUCUUCUGGAGUCAGAAGAUCACUGUGGCAAGUGUUCAAAUGUGCUGGAGUAGCAGAGCCAUCAGCAACAUUGUGCAAAUGCCUGAGGAAACCUCCUUUCCAUUAAAAUAGUAUGUAAAGCAAACAUGAAAA